AGCGGGCUGCGCGCAUGUGUUCCAGCGCUUCCGGCUCAAGCGAGAGGAACUAGCCAAGUGGCCGGGCGGGCGGUGAUGGCAUCCGGGUGCCGGAUCGGCCCGUCCAUCCUCAACAGCGACUUGGCGGCACUGGGCGCAGAAUGCACUCGCAUGUUGGACUGCGGGGCCGACUACCUGCACCUGGAUGUAAUGGACGGGCAUUUCGUCCCAAACAUCACAUUUGGUCAUCCUGUGGUUGAGAGCCUUCGGAAGCAGCUGGGGCAGGAACCCUUUUUCGAUAUGCACAUGAUGGUUGCCAAGCCGGAACAGUGGGUGAAACCAAUGGCCGUGGCGGGUGCAAACCAGUAUACCUUUCACAUAGAAGCUACGGAAAAUCCAGGCGCCCUUAUCAAAGAUAUCAGAGAAAAUGGAAUGAAGGUUGGUUUGGGUAUCAAACCCGGCACGACAGUAGAAUAUUUAGCACCCUGGGCCAACCAGAUAGACAUGGCUUUAGUUAUGACAGUGGAACCUGGCUUCGGGGGACAGAAAUUCAUGGAAGAUAUGAUGCCGAAGGUUAACUGGCUGAGAACCCAGUUCCCUUCUCUGGAUAUCGAAGUGGACGGUGGAGUUGGGCCAGACACCAUUCACAAAUGUGCUGAGGUAAAAAGCAACUUGUGCCAAGGUCUCACGUUCAAGGCAGGGGCCAAUAUGAUUGUGUCCGGCAGCGCCGUCAUGAAGAGCGAUGAUCCCCGAGCUGUCAUUAACCUCCUUCGGAACGUGUGUUGCGAAGCUGCGCAGAAGCGUUCUCUUGACCGAUGAAACCAGCUUGCCACAACUGCGACCAAAUGCUGCUUUUGUGUGUGUGGGGUGGGCGGGCUACCGAAUCGCAUUGCUGCUCAGAGGAGACUGCGGCACUUAAAGAGCCAUUCCUCCACUGCAGAGGAGACUGCUGCAGGACACCAAAUUUGCUCCCGCAGCUGGGGAGAAUCCCAUCACUCGACUGCCAAAGGCAAACUUUGUAAGACGUACCGACGAUUAAAUCUCAGCAUUCCUUUUCGAGAAAAAAGAAAAGAAACCCUUCUUAACGAUGUGAAAAUAAAUGUUUGAAACAGCA